UUAAUUGUCAAUUGUCAAUGACCUGUUUGUUUCAAACACAUUCAAGCUCCGUUCAGCUCCGCACUUCUAAUCUUUCAUUAGCUCUCGAUAUCCUGUAGCCAAACACGAACCUCAGUUCGCUAGACUAGCAGAUUACACCAUGUUUCAAUUCUCCCUCCCUGAAGAGGGUUUCCGUUCCUCUGGCGGACGCAUCACUGAACUAUAGAGAAUCAAAAGCCCUAUACUUGCCUGACGCCUGUUUCUCGUUUUGCCGGCCGAUCGUUGGUCUCGAUUAUGAAAGAAGAGGUCGCUUCUUGAAGUAAAAUAAAUAACUAGGGGCCCUUAGGGAAGAGCAGGAGAGAAAGAAGAAGUAAUGCCAUUGCUUGAAACAAAGAGAAAAUUAGGGUGAGUUAAUUUCAUCUCCGGGAGAGAGAAGGUGGUGUCAGAUGGGAGUUGCUGAUUUGGCCCCCAAUAAAAGAUAUAGGCAUAAUCAAACAGAUGAUUCGAGAUACGAAUAAGGUGUUUAAUGCAGGACUACUUAUUUAACAAUGGACAUUGAAAGUAGUGAAGAGAUGAAUGAACACCCUCAAAUGCUUCCACCUCCACCUGGAACAUUUGUAGAUCGUGAAGAACUUAUACAACAUGUUGGAGAUUUUGCUGUAUCUCAGGGAUAUGUAGUAACUAUUAAGCAAUCUAAGAGAGAUAGAGUAGUGAUCCUUGGAUGUGACAGAGGAGGUGUUUAUCGUAAUAGGCGGAAGGCUAUUGAUGAAUCCACUGCGGAUUGUAGCCGCAAAAGAAAAACUGGUUCUCGGCUUACCAACUGUCCUUUUGAGGUUGUGGGUAAGAAAGAUGAUGGAUUGUGGGUACUUACUGUAAAAAAUGAAACUCACAAUCAUGAGCCUCUAAAGGACAUUUCAGAACAUCCUUCUGCCCGUCGCUUCUCAGAAGGUGAAGUUCAGUUAAUUAAAGAGAUGACUGAAGCUGGACUAAAACCUCGCCAAAUCCUGAAGAGAUUGAGACAAAGCAACCCAGAUCUUCUGUCCACUCCAAAGCAUGUGUACAAUGUUAAAGCUAAACUCCGACAAGGAAAUAUGACAGUAAGACAAUUCAGGUCUUUGAGACCUGAGAAAUCUGCUGCAAGGAAAAAUUAUCUCUCAGUUACAGAGCCAUCCUGGAGGCAGCGCUGUCCCACAAGGGUUCCCAAUCUCAUUGGAGGUAAAUUUGUUGAUUCACAGUCUUUUGCGUCUAUUGAUGUCAUAAAUCCCGCAACCCAACAAGUUGUUUCUCAAGUUCCUUUGACCACGAAUGAGGAAUUCAGAGCUGCAGUAUUUGCAGCAAAGCGGGCAUUUCCAUCGUGGAGAAGCACACCAAUUACCACCCGUCAACGAAUCAUGUUCAAGUUCCAAGAGCUUAUACAGAGAGACAUUGAUAAGCUGUCUAUGACCAUUACUAUUGAACAUGGAAAGUCUUUAAAAGAUGCAUAUGCUGAUGUGUCACGAGGGCUAGAGGUGGUGGAACAUGCUUGUGGAUUGGCAACCCUGCAAAUCGGAGAGUUUGUUUCCAACAUGUCUAAUGGAAUUGAUACCUACAGCAUUAGAGAGCCACUUGGUGUUUGUGCUGGAAUUUGCUCAUUUGAGUUUCCUGCUAUGAUCCCACUGUGGAUGUUUCCUGUUGCUGUCACCUGUGGCAAUACUUUUAUUCUAAAGCCAUCAGAAAAGGAUCCAGGGGCUUCUAUGAUGCUGGCAGAGUUAGCUAUGGAAGCUGGUUUGCCUAAUGGUGUCUUAAACAUUGUCCAUGGCACCAAUGAUAUAAUUAAUGCUAUUUGUGAUGAUGACGAUAUUAAAGCUAUUUCAUUCGUCGGUCCAAACUUAGCCGGCACAUAUGUGUAUGCAAGGGCAUUGGCUAAAGAAAAACGUAUCCAGUCCAAUGUUGGAGCAAAAAAUCACGCAGUUGUCAUGCCUGAUGCAAGCGUGGAUGCCACUUUAAAUGCUCUAGUUGCUGCUGGCUUUGGUGGUGCAGGACAAAAGUGCAUGGCCCUAAGCACAAUUGUCUUUGUUGGAGGCCUAAGUCCAUGGGAAGAGAAACUGACAUCGUGUGCUAAAGCACUUUAUGUAACUGCUGGGACAGAACCUGAUGCAGAUCUUGGUCCAGUUAUUAGCAAGCAGGAAAAAGAACGAAUAUGCAUGUUAAUUCAAACAAGCAUUGACAGUGGUGCAAAACUAGUUCUCGAUGGAAGAAACAUUCUGGUUCCUGGAUAUGAAAAUGGGAACUUCAUGGGCCCUACCAUCUUGUCUGAUGUCACAGUCAAUAUGGAAUGUUACAAGGAGGAAAUCUUUGGUCCUGUUCUUCUUUGUAUGCAGGCCGAUACCAUUGAAGACGCCAUAAAUACUGUUAAUAGAAAUAAAUACAGCAAUGGAGCUUCUAUAUUUACUGCAUCUGGUGUAACUGCAAGGAAAUUUCAAACAGAAAUUGAGGUUGGGCAGAUUGGCAUUAAUGUUCCGAUCUCAGUCCCUCUGCCAUUCUCUUCAUUUAUUAGCUCCAAGCCAUCCUUUGCUGGAGAUGUCAACUUCGAUGGAAAAGCUGGAAUUCAAUUUUACACCCAAGUUAAAACAGUAACUCAACAAUGGAAAGAUUUACUUGGUGAAGAUGUUUCAGCUGCAGCAUUGCCAAGCUCUUAAAGAUCAUACCAUAGAUAGGUCUUCAAACAGAGGAGGUAGGCCGAGCGAAAUAGAGUAGGCAAAAAUUGCAGGAUGAUUGCCCUUUGGUUGCUUUGGACUGCAGGAAAUCAUAAGCUUUAGUCAUAUUGCUUUCCUCUUUUACCUCCUUGGAUCUUUGUUCUGUGGGAGGUCUGCGCGCAGGUGCACGUUGCGUGCGCCUGCUAUGUUGCUUCCUUUAAUCUCCGGGUUCGAUGGGCAUAGAACAAAUGAAAUAGAAACCUGAUCACAAGUGGUGGUCCGUGUGAUCCCUUGUCUGUUGUUGGAUAUGUGUGUGUGUGUGUUUAUUGGUAGGAAGAUCGAAAAUAGAGGUAACAGAGGAAUAAGCAGAGUUCAGUGUUUUUGUGACUACUGACCAUAGAAGGUUUGAUGAAUUUUCAUACCAAACCAAAUGAAAGAAUGUAUAAAUUAACUAUUUGUUUAGAAUAGAUGAUUUGCAAGAAAAAAAAUUUUUAAUUGAA